AUUUUACGUAAAUGCGUUCGAAGUGCACAGAUUGCUUUAAUUUUUUGUAGUUUGACGACGUUCCCUUAAUCCUUCAUUGACUCGUUUGUGUCGGACGGAUCCCCGGAUUCCUCGCGCCUGCGCCCCUGCGUCUGCCGCACUCACCGCCGCCAGAGCCUGACUGAAAUCACAGACACGGGGCCUUCCUCGCCAGCAUCCCUCCAUCCAGCUCUAAUUCCCAGAGGAGGGGGGAGUAGCCGAGAAUCUGUCUGGAACAACGAAGAAGUUGCCGGACAUCCACCGCGUGUGUUUCAGGGGUUUCGGCUCUUCAGCUGAACUGAGGGUAUUCAAACUUGGAGCAAUGGAAAGAAAGCGUCCAGGGAUGACCUCAGGGGCACGGAUGCCCCAUCAAGGCGCUCCCAUGGGGCCUCCUGGACCUCCAUAUGGGGGAACACCACCAAUUCGUGCAGGGAUGCCUAACUCAGCACUAGACCCCAAUCGAAAACGUCCUGCCCCAACCCCGCCAGUGCAACCUCCCCCUGUCCAGAACCGUCCCAGAAAGAAACCACUUGGAUUUCCAGCAACAAAUGAGAUAUCUGCAAGACAGAUGGACAUGAGAGGCGCCCAAUCAGAUCCUUCAAUUGGAUGCUUCAAUGCCAAGAGAAGAAAAAUGGAAGACAAGAUUCUCCCUCAGAGGAUCCGUGAACUGGUGCCGGAGUCCCAGGCGUACAUGGAUCUCCUGGCUUUUGAGCGCAAACUUGACCAAACCAUUAUGAGGAAGAGGGUGGAUAUACAAGAAGUCCUCAAAAGACCAAUGAAGCAAAAGCGGAAACUACGAUUGUACAUUUCAAACACUUUCAACCCUGCCAAACCUGACGCAGAGGACUGUGAGGGCAGCAUUGCAUCCUGGGAGCUGCGUGUAGAGGGCAAAUUGUUGGAUGAUCCUGGAAAACAAAAGAGGAAGUUUUCAUCUUUCUUUAAGAGCCUUGUUAUUGAGCUGGAUAAGGAUCUAUAUGGCCCUGAUAACCACUUAGUGGAGUGGCACCGCACUCCGACGACCCAGGAGACCGACGGCUUCCAGGUGAAGAGACCUGGCGAUGUGAAUGUGCGCUGUACCCUCUUACUCAUGCUGGAUUACCAGCCUCCUCAGUUUAAGUUGGAUCCUCGCCUUGCACGUCUCCUUGGCAUCCACACUCAGACCCGCUCCUGCAUCAUCCAGGCUUUAUGGCAGUACGUCAAGACGAACAAGCUGCAGGAUCCUCAUGAGAAGGAGUACAUCAACUGUGAUAAAUAUUUCCAGCAGAUCUUUGACUGUCCUCGUCUGAAGUUUUGUGAGAUCCCCCAGCGACUAACUAACCUUAUGCUGCCGCCUGAUCCUAUUGUGAUCAAUCACAUUAUCAGCGUGGAUCCAAAUGACCAGAAGAAGACAGCAUGCUAUGACAUUGAUGUUGAAGUUGAUGAUCCUCUUAAGAGUCAGAUGAAUGGAUUCCUGCUGUCAACAGCCAAUCAGCAAGAAAUUGCAUCCCUGGACAACAAGAUCCAUGAAACUAUCGAGUCCAUCAACCAACUGAAGAUCCAAAGAGAUUUUAUGCUUAGCUUCUCAAGGGACCCCAAGGGCUACAUCCAGGACUGGAUCUGCUCCCAGAACCGGGACCUUAAGCUGAUGACAGACACAGUAGGAAAUCCAGAGGAAGAGAGAAGAGCAGAGUUUUAUAACCAGCCCUGGUCUCAGGAAGCUGUUAGCCGCUAUUUCUAUUGCAAGAUUCAGCAACGAAGACAGGAGCUUGAACAAGCUUUGGCAGUGCGAAACACCUAAAAUAUCUCAGUUUCAAAAAUAUCUCAGUUUCAAGAAUAAGUUGACAACUAAUUUGCUUUACCUGUGGCUUGGUCACUUUUAUUCUGGUGAUAUCCACACUGGGCAGUUUUCCAUGGACAUGAAAGGAUUAGACCCCUUCUCAAAAUGAGGUUUGGACUGAUUUUUUAACCAAUGAGGGUCAGUGAAAGUGUAAUUGUACUCUUAUUUAAUGUAUUUUUAAUGUACAGUUGAAUGUAUAACCUCACAGUACAAUGAAUUUAAAAAAGUGGCUUGGAAAUGCCACUUUCACACUGAUAACACACAAAUACAGCAGCUAUCUUAAUUGUUUUUACUUCAGUUUUAUUUUUAUGCACGUAAGUGCUGAUACACUGUGUGUCUUCUCACUUGGAAAGGUAGAACAUGAAUACAAUUUUAUAAUGCCUGGGAAUUUUUUUAACCAUUAAUGACAUGCUAAAUGUUAGUAUGUAAGUAUAGAUUUGGAAUCUGUCCAGUUUUCUGUACAUGUUCUUUCAACACAUUCUGCUUUCAGCGUUCACCUUUGUUUGUCUUUCUUUAAAUCUGCACUGUGCAAAAAAUAUCAUGAAGAAAUCCACUGGAUGAAAAUCAGCCAACUUUAUUUGCAAUAAGUCACAUGUAUUGUCUUAAUUUUAAUAUGUUAAAGAAAAUUCUUGCUACAAUAAGGUAAAUCUUUCUGAUUUGUGAACACUUGUGUUAACAACACCAUUUUUUUGUCUAUUGUUAAAAACUACAAAAUAAUUUCUCAUAAGCAGUGUUUAUAAAUGAUGUUUGAAAGCAUCUUCAAUUUUAGAGGCUUUAAAUGCCAGUAAAACAAAAUAUGUUCUAAAUAUAUUGUGUGUUGAUAAAUACAAUAAUGCAUGUUGCAUGUGAAUAUUUUCGUGUUUUUAUUUUUAUGAGUUUUUUUAAGCAUGAUUCUGAAAUGUUUUGAAUCUUUGUUGCCUUAUUAAAUCAUUGAUAUGCACAGGAAGCAUUAACCAAAGGUUAAGUACAAUUACAUCAUCUUUGUGAAUGCCAAUAAAUUACUAAAUUUUACUGAAUAUUCCAUCACACGUGUUGAUGGCAUUUGUAUACCUGUGGCCUGAGAUGUGCUUGAUGCACAAGUGUAACAGAUGAGAACUGUCUUAUGAAUGUUGACCCUUUACAUUUUUUACAAGACAUUCUUACUGUGUUAUGGAUUUUAUUUAAAUAAGUACAGUGCGUCUGUUAUGGACAUUUUUAACAAGAUUAAUAAAAUAAAUACAAAAUCAUGAUCA